ACACUCUCAGGAUGGGGGGUCCACAGUAAUGGUCAGUCACUGCGCAUCAGUGAAAACAUGAGUAUGCAAGGGAAAGUUGCCGUUGUGACAGGGUCAACAAGUGGUAUUGGUUAUGGAAUAGCCACCGCAUUGGCGUCAAGAGGUUGUUCUCUCAUCAUAACAGGACUGGCAGACCAAGCUACUAUAGAUCAAGUCAUCACAACCUUGAAAAGUGAUUACAAGGUGGAGGCUACUUUUGUGCCAGGAGAUCUGCGUUCUGUGACCUCAAUAGAGAACUUCUGUAAACAAGUGUUAGAGUUGUAUCCUACAGGAGUGGACAUAUUGAUUAACAAUGCCGGUGUGCAGCAUCUUGAUUUGGUAGAAGAUUAUCCAACAGAGAAAUGGGACAUGAUGGUUGCGGUGUCUUUGUCAGCCCCAUUUCAUCUGAUGAAAGCAUUCCUUCCAGGCAUGAAGACCAAGGGCUGGGGACGAAUUGUGAACAUGUCGUCUCAGAUGGGAAUGAUCAGUGGACCAGGGAAGGCUCCCUAUAGUGCUGUGAAGGCAGGUCUCAUAGGACUGGCUAAGGGGGUGGCACUAGAGGGAGCUGCUCAUGGAAUUACCUGUAACUGUAUAUGCCCAGGGUUCGCAGAUGCACCAAUAUUUAACAGAACAGCUGAGAAGAUGGCAAAAGAGCAGAAUAUCACGACAGAGGAAGCUCUGAGGAGGGGUUUUGCGAAAAACCCAACUGGUAAACCAGUCACGAUCUCAGAGAUUGCGGAGCUGGCUAUGUUCAUGUGUUCAGAUGCUGGAGCAAGUAUGACAGGAUCAGCUGUAUUGAUGGAUGCUGGGUUUACCUCACAAUGAUACCUGGCAUUGUUCCAUAUAGGAAUUAAUUUGACAUUAAGUCCUAUAUCAUCCCAGUUUUUAUUGUGAAGUUCGUAUGAAUCACUACCUCAGACAGAAAAGGACAGCAUCAAAUAUAUCAUAUCAAAUAUGAUAUUAUGAACUAAAUCUCUGUGCUUUGUAAUAGUUUUAAGGUUGCUCUUUGUAACUUGAUGAUAUUAAAAUAAUGAUUCAAAUCAAACAAUUAUAAUAUGGGUAUGUCUCAGUUUAAAAUUUAAGGUGGAGAGUCACUGCAAUCUGUGCCUUAAUCUCCAAUAAAAAAGAGUUCAGAUGUAUUGCACAUUGUUUCUGUCUUAGCAUUACUCAUUUUAUUUAGUUAGAUACUAAAUAGAUUAACAUUUAUUACAGUUGUGAUAUUACUCCAGUUGUCUGUUGUUUGAAAAUAAAAUAUGUGGCUGAC